UUUCCACUCUGCUGGAAAUGUUUAUGGUGAGGGUUUAUCCUCUGAAGCACAUGGACACUGACAGGUACUGGUCUUGUUUCUAGAUCUGGGUGUGAACUUGUGGUUUUCUUCACAAAAUGAGCUCACCUGACUUACAGAACUGUUUUUACCUUGGGUCUGUCUCCCUAGGGAGUUUUGGCCAUUGUUUUUUUCAGGGAAUUACCAAAUGAGCUCCAGGUUCAGCUCUGGGGUGAUUUCUGUGGCACUGCUGUUGGCUUGAAUGACUUGGUAGGUGGUUCAUGUGCAGAUCCUUCUGAGGUGCAGGAGGAUGGAAAUGGGAACACUUGCUGUGUUUAGAGGUGCCUGGUGUGGCACCAGGAGCACCCUUGGCACCUGGACAGCUCAGAGGUCUGUACCUACCCCAUGGAUUCAUGAUACCUCAAGAAUUGCAGGUCCGUUGUGCAGAGGCCACUCACAUCACACAUGGCAGUGGCAGUUGUGCCCCCCAGUCCCCUGAGUGCACUGGUGGUUUGUGUGAUGUGUCCAUCCUCACAUGCCCUUUCUCCAUUGCUGCUCAGGACCGUUUGUGUCUCUGCUGCUGUGGAGCUGCUUGUGACGCUUCCCCGGGGCUUGGCUGGCAGGGGUGGGGCUGGGCUGUGGGGCAGGUGCCACAGCAGCUGCUCAGAGGAGCUCCUGCAGUCACUCCCACAGUGCUGGCAGUGACUGCAGGAGCGCUGGGGCUUCAGGGAUAGGCAGACAGGUGAGUCAGUGCUGUGGGCUCUUACCCUGCCUGGGGGGGAAGGUUGUUCUGGGAUGAGGCCAUGUCAGGCAGAUGUUGGUUCCUUGCCUGCCCUGGGGCUGGACUGGCACUGGGCUCAGUAAGGAUGUCCAGAGCUGUUCUGGGUGCUGGCUGGGCUGGUUGGCAGGGUGAGGUGCCAGCUGGCUCCGUCUUUACAGUCACUGAGGGAACAGCCUUGGAGGUCUCUGAAUGAGCUUCAGCCCCUCCAGGUCCUGGGGGAAUGAUGACUCAGCCUAAAUCAUAAAACAGGAGGGGAGCAUUACCAUUCUCCUUGGAGAAUUUGGCUUUGGAGCCUGUUUGGAGUCACAUCUCCACCAUUUCCUUAGCAAAACAGGUAAACAUUUGGAAUGCAAAUAGAGGAUGGAGAGCCAGGUCACAUCUUCAUUUGCAGCAGCAGCAGCAGCAUGGUGGCACUUUUCACUGUGUCACCCUGGCUCCUGCUCGUGGCAGGGCUGUGCUGUCUCUGGGCUCCAGGGAGGGUUGUUGCCACACCAACAGCACACACAGCUCCCCAGGGCUCCUGCUCCCCAUCAGCAGCCGCAGCAGCCUCGGUGGAUUUGGGGAGUCUCUCAGGAGGGGCUGACAGGUUGUCCUGGGGCUGAGCACUGGGGUAGAGCACAGAGCUGCACAGGGGUGUCCACCCUUGGGGGAGCAGCUCUGACAGUCCCUCCUUCUGCCAGGUCUGGCUGCAGCUGCUGGUGGAUGAGGAUGGCUGGACACUGGUGGCUCGUCCCCCCAACUCGAGGCUUGCUGCUCUGCAUCUUGGCUCUUCAACUCUGUCUUCAGGACUCUCUUGCCACAGCAGUGCACAACACAGCUGCCAGUACCAUGGUGACGGCCACCAAGAACACCUCAGCAGCCACCAAGAACACCUUGGUAGGGGUGGUGACCACCAAGAAAGCCUCAUUGGUGGCUGUGACCACCAAGAACACUUCAGUGGCCACACAGAAUGCUGCAGUGGUGGUGGUCACCAAGAACACCUCGGUGAUAGCCAUGGCCACCAAGAACACCUCAGCGGCCACCAAGAACACCUCAGUGAUGGCCAUGGCCACUAAGAACAUCUCAGUGGCCACCAAUAACACCUCAGUGUUAGUCAAGGCCACCAAGAAUGCAUUGGCAGCUACCAAGAACACCCCAGUGAUGGCCAUGACCACCAAGAAUGCCUCAGCAGCCACCAAGAAUGGCUUGGUGGUGGUGGCAUCUACCAAGGAAGCCUCGGCAGCCACCAAGAACACCUCAGAGGUGAUGGUCACCAACAAUGCCUCUCUGGUGGCCACCAACACCUCUGUGAAGGGAGCAGAAGAGACAAUGCAAACGUGCCAGAGCUUCCAGUGCUCCGGAGAGAGGUGUUACCAGGACGCAGCCCAUACCAACAGAACAACCACCUGCCAUAAUGAGACCUACUGCGAGCUUUAUCGUUUCUCCAGCACAAACUACACAGCCAGGUGCAGCGGUGGGUGCAGCGUGGAGCCGUGCAGCACCAACAGCAGUGUGAGCAGGCAGCAGUGUGCCCUGGAGUGCUGUGCUGGCCCUCUCUGCCUGCAGCUCAACGCCAGCGCCUACGGUAUCGCCCAGCUUCGUUCUGCGGUAGAGAUGGGAGAUGGGUGGGGAGAAUCGUGGAGGGGCUGUGGCUGCACCUCUGCUGCUCUGUCCUUGGAGCUGGGCGAGGGGCAGGGUGGCAGCUCUGACUGCUAUGUGAGCAGUGCUGGUGAAUCUGGCCCUGUGUGGCUGUGGAGGAUCCCGUGUGGGCUGUGGCCAGCCUCACAGGGCUCCUCGUGUGUCUGCAGGUGACCUGCCACCCACCACCACCAGC